AUAGAAUCUGUUGUAACGCUGUUUACAAUAUUAACGGAUAAUUCUCAGUACAGAAGUUUCAUAAAGUCAGACGCAAAAUCUUUCAUCAAUUGUAAUUACAAGGAAUACGGUGAUUUAUUGAUUUAUAUCGAAGAUAAUAUAAAUAUGUAAUCUCAAGUAUAUGUGUUCGCACACAUGGUUAUUUAGAAGUUGAUUAAUAUUUGAAUACGGAAGAAACGUUAUUAGAUCGUUUAUUCUUCAAUUUCCACAUUUUCAAGUAAAUUCUUUUUGUUCAAAAAAUGACUGCAUCGCUGUCAGUAUUAGCAAGCCUUGAUGAAGUAGUACGAUGUUCAAACGUCCUCAUAAAUGGAUCCUGCGAAGAAGAGUUUCUUCAGUUUGCUAUAAAUCAAGAAGAAAUGCGACAGAAAUGGUUGGCAUCUGUGCAAGAAUGUCAACGACUCCAUGUCGCUUUAGAAAAAUCCCAUCAUGAAGCAACUCGCCUUGAUAGAAAACUAAGUCAUGCUAGACGUUUAUUGAAUGAAGAGAAACAAAUGCGACGAGCUGCUGAAGAAGAAAAAAACUCUUUGGAGCGACAGAUAGCUUUAGUUAGAGAUCUUCUGUUUAAUGAUGGAGGAAGAAACUUGAAUGAUGAAACUAGAGAGAAGUUACAAUUUCUCAACAAUACUUCUAUAAAUCCAAGAAAUAGCAAUGUACACAUAAAAGAUUUACACUAUAAUGACAAGCUCAAUACAAUAGCAGAAUUAGAUUCUACCGGUUCUAUAUUAAGUGACUUCAGUUGUUUUUCAAAGUCAGAGGAUGAUUUAGAUACAAGCGUUAUUAUACAACAAAAUCAGAAGAAGAGAGAAUGGAAAGAACAUAGACCAAGCGGAGAAUACUCUCCAAAGAAACGCCGUAGUACAUUGCAGAAAGUAGCAGAAUUAAAUACUUCUGAUAAAAUAAUAGCUACUACUACUGUCACAGUGCCAAAAGAAGGUGCAAUCACUGCAUCUUCAGUCAUUGAAGCUGUACCAAUGAAUGAAAAUACCAAUCCUCAAGGACCUCCACAUAGUGCACGCAAAAAACGUAAAAGUUCAGAUCAUAGUAGAACUAAAUUGGCACAAAUAGAUCUCAAUGAAAUAGCUGUUGAUACUACGCCUUCAGCACCAAAAGCAGAAACUCUUACAUCAGGUUCUGAUUCAGAAAGUGCUUUUAAACCAAGUCCAAAUAUUGGUGGAUAUACUUUAAAUAUUAAAAAUUCUAGAGGUCAUAGUUUCACAGCAAAAACUGUUAUUAAACCUGAAAUGUGUACACCUUGUGGUAAACGGAUUAGAUUUGGUAAAGUAGCUGUAAAAUGCAGAGACUGUAAAGCUACAGCACAUACAGAAUGUAAAGAUUUAGUACCACUUCCUUGUGUUCCAACAGGAAAUACACCUACUUUCCGUGGUACUUCAGGUACUAUAGCAGAUUAUGCCCCUAUGAUACCUCCAAUGGUACCUUCGCUAAUAGUUCAUUGUAUUAAUGAGGUAGAACUAAGAGGUAUGAGUGAACAAGGAUUAUACAGAGUAAAUGGUGCAUCAACAGAUGUUAAAUGUUUGAAAGAUAAGUUCCUCAGAGGAAAAGGUGCUCCUAAUCUUUCUGACAUUGAUAUACCUACAAUCUGUUCUACACUAAAAGAUUUUCUUAGAUCUUUGCGGGAACCUUUAAUCACUGUAGCACUUUGGGCAGAUUUUGUUCGCGCUACUACUAUUUCAGAUAAAGAAGAUGCAGAUGCAGCACUUUAUCAAGCAAUCUCAGAACUUCCGCAACCUAAUCGAGAUACUCUUGCUUUCCUUAUAUUACAUUUACAACGUGUAUCUAGUAGUGCUGAAUGUAAAAUGCCAAUAAGUAAUCUUGCUAAAGUGUUCGGACCAACAUUAGUCGGUUUUAGCUCUCAAGAACCAUCUCCUACUUCUAUGCUUAGUGAAACAAAAAAUCAAGUUGCAAUUGUGGAGAGCUUGUUAAAAAUUCCUUCUGAUUAUUGGGCAAACUUUGUUAAUCCUGAAAAUUUAAACGAUAUUGGUACCCCUAAAACAGGAGAAUUAAGACAUACUCCAUCUACAGAAUCACUUUUGAAACGUACCACAUCUCGUGGAUUUUUCCAUACACCUCUUACUUCCAGUCGUACAUUUAUGAAGAAAAACAAAAAAUACUUUGCAACUCCACCUUCUAGAAUAGGUUAUUAAGUAAUGUUAUUAUGUUAUGACGUGUAUAGAAUUAAUGCUAAACACUAUUGAGCUUAUUUAAAUUAUACAUUAUAUUUGCAAUUGCCCUAUAGAAUUAAGUGAAACUCAAAGUUGCACUUAAUGACUCAUAACAAUCAGCGAUUGUUUAGGCUCUUACUUUAAUAUGAUUAUAUAAAUGUUAAUUUUUCUAUCGAAAACUUGCACAAACUUCUCAUAUUUACUAUAAAAAGUGCCUUAUAACUAUAUAAUAAUAUAUAUAUAUAUAUAAUGUUAGCGAUAUAA